AUGGCGUCUGCCGAUGCGGGGCGGGUGCCGCCCAGGGUCGUGCAGCGUGUCGUGCUCGACUACCUUGUGCACCAUGGACACCUGAACGCAGCAGUGGCGUUUAUGAACGAGGCCGGCUGUGACGGCGACAUGCAGCUGUCGACCGCGCAGCGCGAGCAUGCGGCGGCGCGCCAACGCGUCUGCAGCGCGAUACACGACGGGCACAUUGACGCGGCGCUUGCGCUGUGCGACACGCACUUCCCGGGCGUGCUCCUGGCCCGCCCGACGCCGGACAACCCUGCGCGGCAGCGCUCGUUUCCGCCGCACCCCGUGUCGCUGAAUCCGUUCCACCUCUGGCUCAACCUGCACAUGCAGCAGUUUGUUGAGCUUGUGCGUAAGCUCUAUGCCGAGUAUGAGGCGCAGACACAGGCCGCAGGCGAGGACAAUGCGACGCUCCAGGCGGCCCUCGCCGAGAUCCAGCUCUUGAAUGCGCGCGUCCGCACGCUGCCGCAGGAGGAGAGCGACGUGUACGUCGCCCAGAUCGAUGCGAUGGUCGCGCUACUGGCCUAUACAACUGCGAGCGACACGCCGUCGCCCGCCAUACUCGACCCCGCGCGGCGCACGGCGCUCGCGGCGCAGAUCAACUCGGCGAUGCUCGCGCACGCGGGCCUCCCGCCGGACUCGGUCCUCUCCUACAUUACGCGGCACACUGCCUGCGUCCUGGACGCACUGCACGACGAAAACGUCCAGGUGCCGCGCACCCACCCGAUCGUCGCGUUGACCGACACCGAGGCGCGGAACGAAGUGUGGGACGACGCCACGUCGACGCCGAGUCCGCAGCGCACCAACGGCGAAGACGCGGUCCUGCGCACUCCGCGCAUGGAUGGCGAAGAAGAUAGCGUGAUUCUCCCGCCGUGGGGCGCCCUCGGCGUCGUCGACUUGUAG